AUGGCUGAGAAAAGAACGUUAAUUGCUGUUAUGGGUGAUGAAGAUACUACUACAGGUCUACUUUUAGCAGGUAUUGGACAAAUCAAUCCUGAUACAAAUGAAAAGAACUUUUUCAUAUAUAAAGAAGAUAAAACUACAGCGGAGGAAAUAUCCGAUAAAUUCGAUGAGUUCACUGAGCAAAGAGAUGACAUUGCAUUAUUGCUAAUUAAUCAACACAUUGCUGAUGUUAUUAGAUCGAAAAUCGAUAACUAUGUCAAGCCAUUCCCUGCUAUUUUAGAGAUUCCAUCAAAGGACCAUCCCUACGAUCCAGAGAAGGAUUCUGUGUUGAAAAAAGUUAGGAAAUUAUUUGGAGAAUAA